AUGAGCGCGAAGAAGGUCGGGCAGGCGGUGCAGGCGGACUGGGACAACCGCGAGUUCGUGGAGUCGCUGCGACUCAACAUCCACCGCAUCUACACCUUCGUCAACGACUUUGAGGCGAGUGCCAAGGGUCGGCUGGCAUCACUGAACAGCAAACUGACUUCACUGGAGCGACAGCUGACCUACCUGGAAGCUCAGGUGCUCUCUGCUGAUAGGGCAGGCGAGAGUGAGGCUUUUGGGCCUGAUGGGAUUCCACAGGCAGGUGAAAGUUCAGGGGCAGGUGAAGGAGGGCGUGGAGAUGCAGCAGCAGGGUCAGUGGCAAAGAGGGAUUGA